AUGGCAGGCACACGAAUCGACGAGGUGRAAURUCCCGUCCUCGACUGGGAGAUUGAAUUCUCAAGCAACAACUUCAACGAGAUCUUCAACAAGCCAGAUUGGGAAAGCUGGUGUAACACGCACAUUGCGAACGACAGACUGCAGCUUGCAAUGAACCAAGCCCAAACAUGCGGGAUGAUUGAAAUUGGACGAUAUCAAGAAGCCGUCCAGGCUGCAAAACAACAAGGAAUGAAGGAGAAGGUAGAUUUCCACGUCGAAUCGCCAACUUCAUACCUGGUCAUGGGCCAGAGUGACAGGUUUAUGCUUUACGAUAAAGACCGCCGUGAACGCCUUAUGACGUUGCUUGCCCAGGCGAGAGAGCAGAAGUUGGCGAGGGAGCAGCUGCAACGGCUUAUGAAGAGUCAUGCUCUAAAGGAGGCGAAGAAGAAGAGGCAGGCAAGUUCUUGA